AUGCCAAUUUUCGCUCUAUUUAUAUCCGCGGCAAAACUCGCCGGAGUUCUGGCGACGGUCACCGUGGCUGCCAAUGCCUUCUCUUUCUCGCUUUACCGGAAGAAGAAUCUCCAACCGUUCAAGUCACCUAUCGACGAGUCGGAUGAGAUUCUCGCUUCUUUCAAUUUAGACGAAGGAGAAGAUGAGUUUUUCUUUGGAUUGGCAACUGCCCCGGCCCAUGUUGAGGACAGGCUUAAUGAUGCUUGGCUUCAGUUCGCAGAAGAACAGCCUUGUGACAAAUCGCAGCCAAACCAGGGCCUGGAAACAGCAGAUGCACUGAUGGGUUCAGCUACUGGUGAUGGUGGAUCUCAGCCAGCUUUUGUUUCGAAUAAAGAUGUGAAUAAGGUGGCUAAGAAGAAGAAGGAACCUCUCAAAGUAGCUAUGGAAGCCAUGAUCAGAGGGUUUAAAAAGUAUGCAGAAGACGAAGGGCCUGCAACUAAUGAAGAGUGCCAUCACAAUGUAGCUGCAUGGCACAAUGUUCCCCACCCGGAAGAGAGGCUGAGGUUUUGGUCUGAUCCUGAUACAGAGCUGAAGCUGGCGAAGGAUACUGGUGUCAGUGUGUUUCGAAUGGGAAUUGAUUGGACAAGAAUCAUGCCAAAGGAGCCUGUCAAUGGGCUUAAAGAGACUGUUAAUUUUGCAGCAUUGGAGCGAUAUAAGUGGAUCAUCACCAGGGUUCACUCUUAUGGAAUGAAGGUGAUGCUUACCCUGUUCCAUCACUCAUUACCACCAUGGGCCGGUGAAUAUGGUGGUUGGAAGCUGGAGAAAACUGUUGAUUAUUUUUUGGAUUUUACCAGGCUUAUCGUUGACAGUGUAUCAGAGCUUGUGGAUUAUUGGGUGAUAUUUAAUGAGCCUCAUGUCUUUUGCAUGCUUACUUAUUGUGCGGGUGCUUGGCCAGGCGGUCAUCCUGAUAUGCUGGAAGUUGCUACUUCUGCUCUACCAACAGGUGUUUUCAACCAGGCCAUGCAUUGGAUGGCCAUUGCACACUCAAAGGCAUAUGACUAUAUCCAUGGAAAGAGCACCUCAUCAAAGUCAAUAGUUGGAGUAGCUCACCAUGUAUCAUUCAUGAGGCCAUAUGGGCUGUUUGAUAUUGCUGCUGUUUCACUCGCCAACUCCCUCACCAUUUUCCCAUAUGUGGAUAGCAUCUCCAAUAAGCUGGAUUUUAUUGGCAUAAACUACUAUGGACAGGAAGUGACCUGUGGUGCUGGCCUGAAAUUAGUAGAGACCGAUGAGUAUAGUGAAUCUGGACGUGGAGUAUAUCCUGAUGGCCUUUAUCGCAUGCUAAUUCAGUUCCAUGAGAGGUACAAACAUCUAAAUGUUCCUUUCAUCAUUACGGAGAAUGGCGUUGCUGAUGAGACAGAUCUGAUUCGUCGACCAUAUAUAUUGGAACAUUUACUUGCUGUUUAUGCAGCGAUGAUUACGGGCGUCCCUGUUCUUGGUUACCUGUUCUGGACUAUUUCUGACAAUUGGGAGUGGGCUGAUGGAUAUGGUCCCAAGUUUGGACUGGUGGCAGUUGAUCGUGAAAACAAUUUUUCAAGGAUUCCUCGUCCUUCAUAUCAUCUAUUUUCCAAGGUGGCAACCACUGGAAUGAUCACACGUGAAGAUCGGGCACGUGCAUGGAAUGACCUCCAAAGAGCUGCGAAAGAGAAAAAAACACGGCCGUUUUAUCGGGCAGUGAAUGAAUAUGGUUUAAUGUAUGCAGGAGGCCUUGACCAACCUAUACAGCGUCCUUAUAUUGAAAGAGAUUGGCGAUUUGGGCACUAUGAGAUGGAAGGUCUGCAGGACCCAUUAAGCCGCCUGUCAAGAUGCUUUCUUCGACCAUUUGCAAUUAAAAGUAAAAGAAAAGAUCGGAAGGAUGACGCUGAAUUGGUUCUCCAGCCUCUCACAUAUAGCGCUUGA